GCGGGGGGCGCGGCUCCCGGGUGUGUGUGCGUGUGUGCGCGCGUGUGUGUGCGCGUGUGCGCGUGCGGGUGUGCGGGUGUGCCUGCCACCGGCGGCCUCCGGGGGGCGGCAGCGGAAAGGGGACGCGGAGCCAGAGGCGUCCGGCCCGGCCCGACAGGCGGAGCCCCUCGCGCGGGCGCCCGAGCCCCCAACUCCGCCGGGCUGCGCCCAGACGCCCCGCAGGGUCGCCAGCCCCCGGCCCGGCGAGGGACGCGCGCCGAGCAUCCCCGGGCCGCGCGGGACUGGGCAGGGAGGGUCGCGCCUCGGACCCUAGCGAGCGCCCCGCGGCCGGGGCUCGAACAAUGGUGCGGAGCGUCGGCGCGACCCCCGCGGCCGCCCCGCGCUCCUAGAGGCAGCGGCCGCGCUCCGGGUGGGGUGCGCCGGGCGACCCCCGCCCCCACCCCGCCGCGCGCUCGCCGGAGUUUGCGCCGCGCCCGGCCUCGCCGGCCCCGGGCGGCGGCUCCCCCCGCGCCGGUCGCCGACGGCAGCGCGGCCCCGAGAGCAUGGUGCCCGCGCCCGGGUUAAUCUAAUCCCGGGCUCGCGGCUCCCCCCCCACCCUCCUCCUCUUCCUCCUCCUUCCUUCUCGUCGGUGCUUGCCUCGGGCUUGCCGGCGGCUGCGAGUCCGAACUCUCGCCUCUCCAAGGAGACUGGCUUGCGAUCGCCGAACGGAACUCGCCCCUGGAGAGCCCCCCCAGAAGAGCUGGAUAAUGUCCACCCCGACCAGAUUCAAAAAGGACAAAGAGAUCAUUGCCGAGUAUGAAAGUCAAGUCAAAGAAAUUCGAGCUCAGCUAGUAGAACAACAAAAAUGCCUGGAGCAGCAAACAGAGAUGCGCGUUCAGCUUCUCCAAGACCUGCAAGAUUUCUUCCGGAAAAAAGCUGAGAUUGAGACCGAAUACUCCAGAAACCUAGAGAAGUUAGCUGAGAGGUUCAUGGCAAAAACAAGAAGCACGAAGGACCAUCAACAAUACAAGAAAGACCAGAACUUACUGUCUCCAGUGAACUGCUGGUAUUUGCUUCUGAACCAAGUGAGAAGAGAAAGCAAAGACCACGCCACUCUGAGCGACAUCUACCUGAACAAUGUGAUUAUGAGGUUCAUGCAGAUAAGUGAAGAUUCCACCAGGAUGUUUAAAAAGAGCAAAGAGAUUGCAUUCCAACUUCACGAGGACUUAAUGAAGGUUCUCAAUGAGCUCUAUACAGUGAUGAAAACAUACCAUAUGUAUCAUGCAGAGAGCAUCAGUGCAGAGAGCAAGCUGAAAGAAGCUGAGAAGCAAGAAGAGAAGCAAAUUGGAAGAUCUGGUGAUACCGUCUUUCACAUUAUACUAGAAGAAAGACACCAGCGACGAAGCUCUGUAAAGAAAAUUGAAAAAAUGAAAGAAAAGAGACAAGCCAAGUACUCGGAAAAUAAGCUAAAAUCAAUUAAGGCUCGGAAUGAAUAUCUCCUAACCCUUGAAGCAACCAAUGCCUCCGUUUUCAAGUAUUAUAUUCAUGAUCUUUCAGACUUAAUUGAUUGCUGUGAUCUUGGCUACCAUGCAAGUCUGAACAGAGCCCUAAGAACAUAUCUUUCUGCGGAGUAUAACCUUGAAACCUCCAGACAUGAAGGCUUAGACAUCAUUGAGAAUGCAGUGGACAAUUUGGAGCCCAGGAGCGAUAAGCAGAGAUUCAUGGAGAUGUACCCUGCUGCAUUCUGUCCACCAAUGAAGUUUGAAUUUCAGUCUCACAUGGGUGAUGAGGUGUGCCAGGUGAGCGCUCAGCAGCCUGUGCAGGCCGAGCUCAUGCUCAGGUACCAGCAGCUGCAGUCUCGGCUGGCUACGCUCAAAAUCGAGAAUGAGGAGGUAAAGAAAACCACAGAAGCCACCUUGCAGACGAUACAAGAUAUGGUCACCAUUGAGGACUAUGAUGUUUCUGAGUGCUUCCAGCACAGCCGCUCCACGGAGUCUGUGAAGUCAACAGUCUCUGAGACCUACCUGAGCAAGCCCAGCAUCGCCAAGAGGAGGGCGAACCAGCAGGAGACGGAGCAGUUCUAUUUUAUGAAACUCCGAGAAUAUUUGGAAGGGAGCAAUCUCAUUACAAAACUUCAAGCCAAACACGACUUGUUGCAGCGGACCCUUGGAGAAGGUCAUAGAGCUGAAUAUAUGACAACAAGGCCUCCAAAUGUUCCCCCUAAGCCCCAGAAACACAGGAAGUCCAGACCCCGCUCACAAUAUAAUGCUAAGUUGUUUAAUGGGGAUUUGGAAACAUUCGUCAAGGACUCGGGACAAAUUAUCCCCCUCAUUGUGGAAAGCUGUAUUCGAUUCAUCAAUCUCUAUGGUCUUCAACAUCAGGGGAUUUUCAGAGUGUCUGGUUCCCAGGUGGAAGUCAAUGAUAUUAAAAAUUCAUUUGAGAGAGGUGAAAACCCUUUGGCUGAUGAGCAGAGUAACCAUGAUAUUAACUCAGUCGCCGGCGUUCUGAAGCUCUAUUUCCGUGGGCUCGAAAACCCCCUCUUUCCUAAGGAAAGAUUUAAUGAUCUGAUUUCUUGUAUCAGAAUAGAUAAUCUCUAUGAGAGGGCGCUUCACAUCCGCAAACUGCUCCUGACCUUGCCCAGGUCGGUCCUUAUAGUGAUGAGGUACCUGUUUGCCUUCCUCAAUCACCUUUCACAGUACAGUGAUGAGAACAUGAUGGACCCCUAUAAUCUGGCCAUUUGCUUUGGGCCAACACUGAUGCCCGUCCCGGAAAUACAGGAUCAAGUGUCUUGUCAGGCUCAUGUGAAUGAAAUUGUCAAAACCAUCAUCAUCCACCACGAGACCAUUUUCCCCGACGCUAAAGAGCUGGAUGGCCCUGUCUAUGAGAAAUGUAUGGCUGGGGAUGACUACUGCGACAGCCCAUACAGCGAGCAUGGCACCUUGGAGGAGGCAGAUCAGGAUGCCGGCACAGAGCCCCACACCAGCGAAGACGAAUGUGAGCCCAUCGAAGCCAUUGCCAAGUUCGACUACGUGGGGCGCUCUGCCAGAGAGCUGUCCUUCAAGAAGGGCGCGUCCCUGCUGCUGUACCACCGUGCGUCGGAAGACUGGUGGGAAGGCAGGCACAAUGGCAUUGACGGGCUGGUGCCGCACCAGUACAUCGUGGUGCAGGACAUGGAUGACACGUUUUCAGACACCCUGAGCCAAAAAGCGGACAGCGAGGCCAGCAGCGGGCCCGUGACAGAGGACAAGUCUUCCUCCAAGGACAUGAACUCCCCCACGGAUCGUCACUCCGACAGCUACUUAGCCAGGCAGAGGAAAAGAGGAGAGCCACCCGCUCCAGCGAGGCGUCCCGGCAGGACCAGCGACGGUCAUUGUCCCCUCCACCCCCCACAUGCUCUGUCCAACUCCUCCAUUGACCUGGGGUCCCCAAGCCUUCCCAGUCACCCCCGGGGCCUGCUCCAGAACCGGGGCCUCAACAGUGACAGUCCUGAGAGGCGGCGCCGACCCGGCCAUGGCAGCCUCACCAACAUCAGCAGGCACGACUCCCUCAAGAAGAUUGACAGCCCCCCCAUCAGGAGGUCCACGUCCUCGGGGCAGUACACGGGCUUCAAUGACCACAAGCCACUGGACCCCGAGACAAUCGCUCAGGACAUCGAAGAGACGAUGAACACUGCUCUGAACGAACUCCGGGAGCUGGAGCGACAGAGCACGGCCAAGCACGCCCCUGACGUGGUGCUGGACACGCUGGAGCAAGUGAAGAACGCCCCCACCCCCGCCUCGUCCACAGAGUCCCUCAGCCCUUUGCACAGCAUCUCCCUCCGGGGCUCGGAGCCCCAGAUCCGGCGGAGCACCAGCUCUUCCAGCGACACCAUGAGUACUUUCAAGCCAGUGGUAGCCCCCAGGAUGGGCGUGCAGCUGAAGCCCCCGGCCCUGCGACCCAAGCCUGCCGUUCUUCCAAAAACAAACCCCACCAUAGGACCUGUCCCCCCACCCCAGGGCCCCGCAGACAAGUCUUGCACAAUGUAAAAACCAGCUGUGCCAGACCUCCGGGGAGGCGAUUUUCAAAACGAAACCGGGUUAGUGACCGGAGCCGGUGACCCGUAACUUCCCUUAGUCUUGUGCUUAUCAUAACUGGAGACCUUUGGCUUUCCUAUGUUCUCGAAUGUAGUGUCUGAGACUAGCUAAAUUUAACAUGGGCAUUUGUAUUUUGUAAUUCCCUUUUUUUUUUAUAACUGGACAUAUGUCAUUUUAAAGACAAUAGAAACUCUUAGACUUACUUGAAAAUCCAAUGCUGCAGCGAUUGUGAUGAAGGCCGCACUCACCUGUCCUCCAUGCAUCCGGUGGCCCGGGGCAGCCCCAGACCCCAGGGUCGGAAGGCACAGGAGUCAGGGCUCCUGAUCUGGCGGGAGAAGAGCCCAGGCAGCCUCUGGCACUUGGGGUAAUGACUGAAAAGAUGGGGGUGCCAUGGCUUGGUCGCUGGUGGUGACCUCUAAUUCCUGUAGGGGCGGAGAUUAGCCCGUGCCCAGACCUGCCCUCGCUGGAGUGGACUGACUGGCUCCUUCCUGACCAGCGUUUCCCUGGGCCCAGGUGAGAGGCUUCAAGGAGGGGGCAGCGGCUCUCCAGUUACUGCUUGAACGGAGUCUGGGGAAGAAGGCGUCCUCCAGAACUGCCCCGCAAGCCCCAGCAGACCCCUGAAGAGGGCCUGAAGCCGUCCCCAGCACAGGCUCGUUUCAGAGAUCAUCUGGUCACACUGCUCCGCCAACGCCUCUCGAGAUCCGUGGCUCAGUGACCUCCUGAAAUACUCGUAGCGCUGCGACGGCCCCGUGCUGCCCUCCCGGAGAGAGGGAGAAGGUUCUGGGCGCAGGUUCCUGGUCCCCUCGGCCUUCUGACCCGCAGCCCCUCACGCAGGGCGGUUACUGGUUCCAUGGGACCAUUCGCCCCUCAGCUGAGUCCCCAGCUCUCCUGUUCGUCUCUUUGAGCCAACCGAGCACAGGCGGUACUGGAUCAGAGCGACCUGGCCCACAUGGCAGAGUCCCCCACAAUUCCAGCGUGCCCCUUUCCAGUUUGGCAGCGCGCAACAGGGACCUUUUUUUAAAUUCCUUUUCUUUGUUUCAUAUGGUCUCUACAUAAGUCACUUACUUACGCUGCGCUUCAUUACGGACCGGAUCGGCUUUUUCUGACCUCCUAGCCCAGAGACUUUCUUCUUUAGCCUAUACUUAAGCAUCAUAUUUUCCUUCAGUCUUGAAAAGAUUGCUUUGAAUUUGUUUUAACUAAGGUACAAAUCACCACUCUUUGCCGGUGUAGCUUAUAUCAUUUGUCAACCUACAAAUAUUUUAUUUACUCAAGCUUUGAAGUUACUUGACCAAUGCUGGCCUUUUUUUUUUCCCCCUGAGACUAAAGGGCGGCCUGGAAGUAGCAGUUCUGGGAUCCUGUUCAUUUCUUCUAGGUUUGGUUUCAGAUUGGCUGCCCCUGGCACGUCCACCUAAGACUUCCACACUACAAACUUUAAUCUAUCAACCCGUUGGUGAAACUCGGGGAAAAGGAGAUUCUCUAGGAAAAAUCAAGAUCGUUACUUUGAUCUCUACCUCAGUUUGCCAGUCUGAUCAUUCUGUUGCAGAGAGAUUAAAUUAAUGAGCUGUUGUUCCCUUUGACGGUCACACUGCUGAUUGCUCACCUCUGGCCUACUUCACAAUGAAUCAAAUAGGGGUUUCUUUCUUCUCAAGUAUUUCCAGAUACGGUGAUGACUGUCAGACCUGCAUUGUUAGCCCCUCCUUCUGCAGACCCAGCCACACGCCCCUCUCUGGUGCUCCCAUUGCAGCCUGAGCCUCCGGCCAGGACGGAGCUCUGACCAGCGUGCCCCUUUCCAGUUUUCUCCUAGGAAAUCUAAACUCGCUGAAUUCUUUCCCAGUUCUUUCUGGAGUUCCCCCAGGUGUGUGAUCCGUGGUCACAGGGUGGGGAAAUGAAAGCAGGGAAUAAAGGUAGACUUCGUCAGGGAGGGUCUGGAGGAAAAGGGAAAUCUUCUAGAAAUUAAAACCAAAAGGAUUGUGAAAAACCAUCUUGGAUGGAAGAGGAGGGUCAACAGAGGGGUCUAAAGGACAGGGCGUGUUUAGUCUUGAUGGAAGGGCUCCCACGAGCUGUAGCUUAGCCCUUCGGCUCUUCCUCCUGCUGGCCUGUUUCCCCAGGCCUCUCCCAGCCAGUGUCUCAUCUGAGUGCUGAGAGCUGGGAUGCAACACGGGCACCCGCCCCCCACCCCAUGCGGUGUCUGCCUUGGCCGGCGGGGGCUGCCCUGCUGUAGCGGCUCAGAGGCCCCUGGCUGUGCCCUCUCUGGGAACACAGCUCCCAACCCCUCUGGCCGCUCACUUGCCAUCUUGGCUCCAUCUUGGCUCCCUUGAGCCCUGUUUUCACCCUGAGGUUUAUAUUUUGUUUGCUUGGGAGUUUUGUUGGCUUGUUUGUGUGGGGGGGUUUCAGUUUUUGUUUUCUGCAAUUCUCAGGAAGGAGGUGAUCUCAGAGGCGGGGGGACUCGAGAAUAACUCACCUUAGCACACACCUGAGGGGGCACGUGGCCACUUCUCGAGGUAAUGAUACCAUGUCAGCCCCUAGAAAGCGCCAGCAGCUGAUGAGGAGGGUGGGUGCCUGACACCGUUUUUUGACAGCCCCUGGUGUGGCCUGCACUAGGGAAGUGGGGAGGCUCGGGAGUGGGGAGAAAAAAAGAAAAUGAGCCCCUGAGAUAUUCAGCCCAACCCGCUGCACUGCCGGGUGGGGCCAUGUGGUGACUGAGUGAAGCGCCUUCCCACAAACAUUCCGUGUCUCUGCUCUCAAGGGAUGUGUGUUCACAACUUCCUCCCCUGUGUGCCUGGCCCUUCUUUCAGUCAGAACUAGCUUUAAGUUGGCCUUCUGGUUGGGCUAGGGGCUCUGGGGGUAGAUUGUUAGGAAAGAGUGAGAAGUGCGUGGACAUACUCACUUUUGUGUGGAUGACCCGUAAACUGUUUCGCCCUGUUGGGUGGUCCUCGGCGCCUCAGUGCUCUUGGUCAGGUUUCACCGUCUGACACAAGGAGUGACAGAGAUGCCCUUCGAGCUGUCCCUAGAAUGACUUAGAGCUGGGACCCACUUUGGCUGCCGUGAGUGCAGGAACAGCUCUCAGUGGACAUGGAGGGCCAGAGGUCCCCUUGAUCACCUCAGAAUUUUUCAUACGUUUGCUUUUCCCAAAAUGGGAAAUGAAGGGAAAAGAGUUGGCGGGGGUGGGUGGGGUGGGAGAGGGUCUCCUUAGCUCUGAGGAAACCUAAAUGUGAUAUUUACACCCCUGGGAUACAGUUAAGGAGUCGAGGGGGCUGCCAAGGGGCUAGAGGGGUCAGAAGAUGUUCCCUUCUGGGGUGUCACCCGUUGACUCCCAGCUGCAGCUGUGGCCGUGAAUGCAGGAAACGCAUUUGGAGCCAGUCCCGCUCUGAGUCACCCACCAGGGGCCACAGGCCACAGAGCCACUUAGAGGCAGAGGCUCCACCCACCUGUCAUUCAAUAAAACUCUUUACUCCAGGCCACUGCUGGGCUGAGGGGUCCAACUGGGUGAGGAGUGACUUUGGCCCGGCGUCACUCGGAUCAGCAAGACAAACUGGAAACUGAGCUUUCACUUACCCUAGUGUACUUUCUUUAAAAAAAAUAAGAAAAGAAAAGAAAAAAAAAGUAUGUGGUAUUUAAUCAAGAUGGACACCUGUAUCUUUAAAUUAUAUAGGGAAUUUUGUAUGUUUAAAUAAUUGUACUGGGUUCUAUAAUGCUUAUCUUAGACACUGUUUAGUAAAAGAAAAUAUCAUAAAAGUCAUGCAUUUGUGAAUGCCCCCCUCCUUAGAGCGUUCAUUCAAGUUCAGUGUGUGGUGUGAUGGUCCUUAGAGAUGUCUGAAGUGUAGUCAGUGGCUGUGGAACAGGAGAGAGAGGUUGCUCUUUACCAACAGACUUAAGGGUAACUCCUGCCCACGUAAUUAAAUCAGUAUUGUCCUUUCCUGUCAGUUUGAUCGAUUGCAGUACUGGUAGCUUCCUGCUUGUGACUGUUACCUAAUCGUGUCAAUGUACAUCUGUAGAAUGUACAUGUGAAAGUGCCUUUCUAUUUUAGAGGAACCUUAGCCUUGCUCUGUACUGUUGCCCCCCCCAGUUCCUGCCGUCCCCUGGAGCCUUCCUCCCCUCUGUCUCCUCACUCUCUGCCCCGGCCCACCCAUGCCUCGGUGCUCAGUAUCGUCCUGCAUCCUUGUCGGUCCUCAGAAGGUCUCGUUUUCUCCUUGUCGAGGUGACUGUGCCUUUCCCGCCCUGAAGUAAGGCCCCGCCACGACCCUCGGCUCCCCCAGCCCUGCCCGCGUGCCGCAGCCUGCCCUCGUGUUCGCCUCUGUGCUCUGUACUGCCUCUCACCACGACUCCUCCUCCCAGAGGCGCCAGUGAAGGGGGAUGCUUUCACAGUUCCGGAAGAAAAGAAAAACACACUUUUGUUAAUCUGUUGUGAUAAUGCACUUUUAUGUAUAGUACUGUACAUUUUCUGGCAUGUACCAUUCCAGGCUUCAGUAUACAGUCAGUUCUGUUCUUCAAGCUGUAUCUUUAUAAUAAAUAAGAUAGCUCUG